AUGUCAUCUGACCAGCAUCAACAGAUACCUGCAAAAGUCCUAGACGAUUUAUGCAGUCGUUUCAUCAUUAAUAUUCCUGCUGAACAACGUGAAGAUCUUGUCCGUGUUCUAUUUGCUGUCGAAUUAGCUCAUUGGUUUUUUAUUGAUUUUUAUUGUGAAGAUUAUAACGAUUUACACGUUUGCAGCAUUCGAGAAUUUGCUCAGCAAAUUUUUCAACAUUGUCCAUUUCUACGCGAUUAUGUUCAUAAUCUCGAUCCUAUUCUGUCACGUUGGCGUGGUUACAAAUUGAGUGUUCCAACGUACGGUGCAGUCUUACUUGAUCCAACAUACGAACAUGUUUUACUUGUUCGUGGUUUCUACAAUCGAGAAAGUUGGGGUUUUCCCAAAGGUAAAGUACAGGAAAAUGAAAGUCCAUUGAAAUGUGCUAUACGAGAAGUUAUGGAAGAAGUUGGCUUCGAUAUGAAAGAUCGAGCUUACGAUGAUCAGUAUCUGGAACGUGAUCUGAAUGGACAACUUAUCAGAUUGUACAUUGUUAAACAAGUGCCACUGGAUACGAAAUUUGCAGCGAAAACCAAGAAUGAAAUUAAGGAAAUGCGUUGGUUUCGUCUUUCCGAUUUACCUUGUCACCGACGUGACACUACACCUCAAGUCACACUAGGACUUAAUCCAAAAGCUUUCUUUAUGGUUAUACCAUUCAUUAAAGAUCUACGUCGUUGGAUCAAUCAAGAACGUGGAAUUUAUUCUUCAUCGAAUGGCGAUUCAGAUAAUGCGAAUGAAUAUAUAAAACGACACGAACAAGCACAUUUACAGCAUCAUCAUUAUCCUCAACAACGACGUCGAACAACAACAUAUCACGGUGGUGCACUACCAGCGAAUACUCGUCAACCGACAAUCCUACAAAAACUGUUCGGCGUUGAUCAUCAAACAUCUUCCUACAUUCGUGAUAAUACAUCUACAUACGAACAACGAAAACAUCCAAGUAAAAUUAUCGCAAGUCUUACACCCCACAGCCCUGACGAGCAGCAAGUGCCAUCAUCAGCCCAAAAACUUCAAACACAAUUGAGUGUUCAAGAUACAAUUCAACGGCAUUUUUGUCAAAUAUUGAAAAACGAUUCAUUGACAGUUACUGACAACACUUCAAUUACCGAAACUUUACUCAUGCGCGAAAAUAGCUCUUCUGGCAUGGCGCCUGCAUCUGCAUCAAAUGUAAUACAAUUAACACCACCGAUGUCCAAUGAUGAUGAAAAUAAACGUCCAAAUGCUAGUAAAAAUCGCUCAAGUAAUAAAGAAUUCUCGUCACAAAAGGAGAAGAAAUCCUCGAAUGCAACAAGUCAAAUUCAAUAUCGAAUUUUACAACGUGGAGAACCUGAUGAAUCGACAUCUACACCAAAGAACUCUCAUCUACAAAAUGAACCUAACAGUUCAGAAAAUGGCACUAAUGCAAAAUCUCAGCGUAAUCGACGUCGCGCAGAUCGACGUUUAAAUAAUGAAGCAAAUCGUAAACAACAAAAUCAACAACAGCAACAACAACCGUUCUCUAAUUUAACAAAUAAUAAUUCUUCCAAUGGUUUAAACUCUCAAACAUUUCGUUAUGGUGGUCCACGUUGUUGGACGCAGUUUCGUUUGAAUCGCUCUGAAGUCUUUCGUUGCCUUCGAGAAUAA